UCACCACUUACUAAGUACUAACUCAGUUUUCAUCACUUCCUCUCUCUCUCUCUCGCAGUCUUUGCUUCCCUCAGCUCAUUGGCUGGCACUUCAACCUUUGAAAUCUGGCUAAGAAUCCAAUCUUUUUCCAAAUCUGACUUCAUUUUCUCUCUUUAAUCCGUUUCUUGCUGUUUAUUUGAUCUGGGCUUUCUUCCUCUCUGCCCCUUUCUUUCCCUGUUUCAGAUCAAUUUUUCAUCCAAUUCUCACUCAGACCAUACCAAGACUUCACCUUUUUGAUUCCCUUUUACCGUUGGAACUAUUCAUGCAGAUGUUUAUUGUUUCUUAUGAAGCCAGCUUCAUUUGAACUAUCAUAAUUUUGCUCGAAUUGCUGGUUGUAAAGAAUGGGUAGAGGGAGAGGGAAAGGGAAGAAGCAAACUGCGCUUGCUGCUCGUGAUGACACUGGCAGCGGUGAGGAUGAGAAGCUACCCGUGAGGAGAAGAGGGAGGCCGCAAAAACCAAUGAAAGACGACUUUGAGGAGGGAGACGAAGUUGAGAAGAUUGAGGAAGAAGACGAAGAAGAUGGUGAGGAGGUGAAAAAUUUGGUGUUGAGUAAAAGCAGCAAGAACCAAUCUGCUGCAGAGAAUGGCAGGAAGAGGAAGAGGCCCUCGCAGAUCAAGGAAAGCGAUGAAUUAGUAAAGGAGGAGAAUGCCGUGGCAGCCAAAAGUAAUGCUACUGUCCUAAUCAAGCCCGUUGGCUAUAGACAACAAGGGAGCAGAAGGAAGAACAAGCCUAGACGGGCUGCUGAAGUUGGUGUCGAAUGCAUUUAAAUUUUGUACUGGCACAAUGAGAGAUGAAACCCUUCUCAGCUCGUAGGGUCUUGCCAAUAUUUGUUUUUGAGUUCAUGUUUUUGCUAAUGUCUUGGAAAAAUUCUUGGAAUCAAUUGUUUUUGUUAAUGCAAAGAGUUAUGACAAGUUUUCAGGUUUA